UGCCCCGAAAACCCGGAGCAGCAGAGUAGUCUCAGCGGACAGUCCUUCUAGGGGCGAAACCAGGCGGCUUGGGCAUGCUCAGUUGCUGGGAGAGGUUUGGGAGGAGAGUAGAAAGCUUUGGCUCUGCCCCCACCCCUCCGCUAGCCCCCGCCCCCCUUGCCCCUACCCAGCCGUAGUAGUUCCCCAGCGUGCGCCCGUGGAGAGCAGGAACAUGGCGCUCGGAGCGAUAUAGCAGAUGUAGCAGCAUCGGAGAAGCAGAUGAGGCACCGCGUCUUCGCUACUGACAACCAGCCACCAGAAAUACACUGUGAUGAAAUGCUUCUGUCUGUUGCCAAAAUGAACACUGAAGAAAAAUGAAGAAAACUGAAGAAUUCUGCCAAAAAGUUGCACAACUGAAGUAGCCAAACUCUUCUGGAGUCUUUUAUCCACAGCCAUCAUUUUAAAAAAGUUUUUACAUCAUGUUUGGGAAGAAAAAGAAAAAGAUUGAAAUAUCUGGCCCAUCCAACUUCGAACACAGGGUUCAUACUGGGUUUGACCCACAGGAGCAGAAAUUUACCGGCCUUCCCCCGCAGUGGCACAGCCUGCUAGCAGACACGGCCAACAGGCCGAAGCCCAUGGUGGAUCCGUCAUGCAUCACGCCCAUCCAGCUGGCUCCCAUGAAGACAAUCGUCAGAGGAAAUAAAUCCUGCAAGGAAACCUCUAUUAAUGGCCUGCUAGAGGAUUUCGACAACAUCUCUGUGACUCGCUCCAAUUCCCUAAGGAAAGAAAGCCCACCCACCCCUGAUCAAGGAGCCGCUGGCCAUGUUCAAGGCCACUCGGAAGAAAAUGGCUUCAUCACCUUCUCACAAUAUUCCAGUGAAUCGGAUACUACUGCGGACUAUACAACGGAAAAGUACAGAGAGAGGAGUCUCUACGGAGACGACCUGGAUCUGUACUACAAAGGCGGCCAUGCAGCCAAGCAAAAUGGGCAUGUCAUGAAGAUGAAACACGGGGAUGCCUACUACCCUGAGAUGAAGCCUUUGAAAGCUGACCUUGCCAGAUUCCCUGUCGACUACCACACACACUUGGACUCCCUGAGCAAACCAAGUGAAUACAGUGACCUUAAGUGGGGUUAUCAGCGAGCCUCCAGUAGCUCUCCUCUGGAUUACUCAUUCCAACUGACGCCUUCUAGAACUGCAGGGACCAGCAGGUGCUCCAAGGAGAGUCUGGCUUACAGUGAAAGUGACUGGGGACCCAGCUUUGAUGAGUAUGACAGAAGGCCAAAGUCGUCAUACCUACAUCAGACAAGCCCUCAGCCGGCCAUGCGGCAGAGGUCCAAGUCAGGCUCAGGGCUUCAGGAACCCAUGAUGCCGUUUGGAGCAAGUGCAUUUAAAACUCAUUCUCAAGGACACUCGUACAACUCCUACACCUACCCUCGCCUGUCCGAGCCCACAAUGUGUAUUCCAAAGGUGGAUUAUGAUCGAGCACAGAUGGUCUUCAGUCCUCCACUGUCAGGGUCCGACACCUAUCCAAGAGGCCCCUCCAAACUACCUCAAAGUCAAAGCAAAGCAGGCUACUCUUCAAGCAGCCACCAGUACCCUUCUGGGUACCACAAAGCCACCCUGUACCACCAUCCUUCCCUGCAAACCAGUUCUCAGUACAUCUCCACUGCUUCUUACUUGAGCUCCCUCAGCAUCUCCUCCAGCACCUACCCUCCACCUAGCUGGGCCUCCUCCUCAGACCAGCAGCCCUCUAGGGUAUCCCAUGAACAGUUCCGGGCUGCCCUGCAACUCGUGGUCAGUCCAGGCGACCCCAGGGAAUAUUUGGAUAACUUUAUCAAAAUUGGAGAGGGAUCGACAGGCAUCGUGUGCAUUGCAACUGAGAAGCACACAGGAAAGCAAGUGGCAGUGAAGAAAAUGGACCUCCGAAAACAACAAAGACGGGAACUGCUUUUUAAUGAGGUUGUGAUAAUGCGUGAUUACCACCAUGAUAAUGUCGUUGAUAUGUAUAACAGCUACCUUGUUGGAGAUGAGCUCUGGGUGGUCAUGGAGUUUCUAGAAGGUGGUGCCUUGACAGACAUUGUCACUCAUACCAGAAUGAAUGAAGAACAGAUAGCUACUGUCUGCCUAUCUGUCCUCAAAGCCCUCUCCUACCUUCAUAACCAAGGAGUGAUUCACAGGGACAUAAAGAGUGACUCCAUCCUCCUGACAAGUGAUGGCCGGAUAAAGUUAUCUGACUUUGGAUUCUGCGCUCAAGUUUCCAAAGAGGUGCCAAAGAGGAAAUCAUUGGUGGGUACCCCAUACUGGAUGGCACCUGAGGUGAUUUCCAGGCUACCUUAUGGGACAGAGGUGGACAUCUGGUCCCUCGGGAUCAUGGUGAUAGAGAUGAUUGAUGGUGAGCCCCCCUAUUUCAAUGAGCCUCCUCUCCAGGCAAUGCGGAGGAUCCGGGACAGUUUACCUCCAAGAGUGAAGGACCUACACAAGGUUUCUUCCAUGCUCCGAGGAUUCCUAGAUCUGAUGUUGGUGAGGGAGCCCUCUCAAAGAGCUACAGCCCAAGAGCUUCUUGGACAUCCAUUCUUAAAACUGGCAGGUCCUCCAUCUUGUAUCGUUCCCCUUAUGAGACAAUACCGGCAUCACUGAGCAGGUUCACAGAGGCAAAGACAUGAGGAUAAUUCAGGAGAACAUGAGGAAAACCCCACAGAACACGCAAAGGCCUGUGCAUUCUAAACCAGCUGAUUGGUGGGACAGUGUGAUGACCUGACCGGCAGGGUUUGACAGACCAGGGCAUCUUCUAGUGUCUUAAAUAGGCAUCUCUCCACUGACAGCUGGCAUGGUCAUUUGGAGCACGGCUUUAAUAAGUCAGUAUUAAACAUUUUCAGCCCUUCUUCCAGCGAACCAGAAGGACUCAGUACAAACUCCGUUAUGAUAUAUCCUAGCCACAUGCAGGGUACCACAUAGGAUUUUCUAUAUUGAAAGAAUACUUUUCUGGCAAAAAAAAAAAGAAAGAAAGAAAAGAAAAGAAAAAGAAAAAGCACUUUUUUUCUUAAUGGUAGCAGUGUAAUGUAUUUUGCAAUGAAUUUGUAACUUUUCUGUAUGAUAGUUUUGAUAAUUUAUAGUACUUUGAUGUCCUGUAGCCAUUGUUUUGGUUGAAGUAAUACUUGCUUACUGGCAGGCAUUUGAACAAAACCUUUCCUACUUUUUUAUCCCUUUCAGAGAACCAACGGUUCUUUAGGAUCUUUGAAUACUAAAUGACCCUCAGUCACCGUCAGCUUUAGCGGAAAAUCUUUCUUAUCCUAACAAGUGUCUUAUGUAAUGGAAGGAGAGUCAAGUGUGAUGGUGAUGGUGUGGACACUUCAUUUCCCCAACCAAAUACAAUAAAACAAAUCUGAGCCACAGAAUCACCAAACAGUUCCAUGAGAGAAUGCUAACUAUUCCGAAAAAUCAUUUUCCUUCAAGGAGUCUGGUGAUCACAUCAGUCUUUGAAGAGCAAGAUAUCUCCCUUGAUGCCCACCUUUAAAUAAGCAUAGCAUCCCCUGUGGUCAAAUUUCAGUACUGGGGUCACCGGACUCAGUUCCCCAGGUAGAAUGUUUUGGUGAGACCGUGGAAAUCCCAGGCUCACAAGAGGAGAGAGAACAAGGCAAGUUGUUUGGUUUUGUUUGUCACUGUUUCUAGGACUCUGUAUGCUAGCACACCAAACUCUUGUCUGUAUUUAUCUUCAUGCCGCAGUAUUAAUCACUGUUGUUCAUGUAUUGUGCUGGAAGUCUGAACGGAUGGUAGGGGUGAAUUAGUAAGGGGUUACUUUACCAGGUAUGGUCUAACUUCCGUGGUGACCAUGUUAUAAUGUGUUUCCAACAUAAGGAGAGAUGUGCUGCUGUCUAGAUCUUCUGAAUGUUGAUAAAAAUGAAUGACUACUACAAUACAUUUUGUGUUGCUCGUUGGAUGAAUUUGCAUGUUAACUGUAGGCCAAUAUAGAUUUGCCUUUAAAACUCUGGAAAGCGCUACAUAGUCAUCAUUAGUUUCUAUUAAUUAUGCAUCAGACAAAAGCCAUUUGUUACCCAACUGGAAAACCAGAGACUUUACUUAACGACUUCACAUACUGUAACAAAUAUGAAAAUAAAUUUGUGAAGAUACUCUGGUUGCUCUAAGCAUAAUUAAUAAUUUUUUGUAAUUAAUAGGUUAAUUAUUUAUUAUAGUUUAAAAGGAAAACAAGGCAUAAAAUGACCGUCUGCUAAUUAGCUGUUCAAUUUUUUCCCCAAACUGGAAAUGCUUUACCCUAAAUAGAACCUGUAACUUUGCUUCAUAAAACACAGAAGAUCGAUGUUUUAUGUAAACUAUUAAGGUUUUAAUAAAAAUGUGGAUGAAUAAAAGCAAUCUCAACCCCCAAAGUGGCAAUCCUAAAAUGUCACAAAAACAGAGUGUCAUACAUAAUUCAACCAGGACUAUGUAGGAGAGGAAAGAAGAACAAAACAGAAUCAUUUUUAACCGGAAUCAGCAUUUAAAAAUUAAUUGCAGGAAAUAGCAGAUUUUGGAUUCAAACAACUUUUGACAGUGUAAUGGAAACCUUUUCUGUAAUUUUCUUAUCAUUGGUCAUUUUUUACGGUAUUUGGUAAGUUUACAAAAUGUUCCUGUAGCUUAACGGGGUCUGUGAGAACUGAGCACUGGCAGAAACUGCACCACAAAUAAAGCAAGUAUUUGCCUUUU